AUAGGCCUUAUUUGUUUCAAAGAGAUUUUUUUGUGCUGCGUUAGAAAGGAAGAUGCCAUUUGUCUUAGUGGGAGCCAGGUGUUCAGCUAGCUCUACCUCCCUAAAUUUAGCUGUGUUAAAUGAAAAUAAAGGAGUUUUGUGUGGAUUCUUGGUUUGGGAGGUUGAUGCUUGUUGCGAUGGUGGUAGCUCGUCAUUUUAAUGGGAUUGUUCUUGUACGAACUGUGGCGCGCGGUUUGCCAUUGUUGUGGGUUUCUUUACAGAUCUUGGUGUUUUAUCACUGGAAUUGUACCAUUUUUUUGGUGUGUGGGGUGUUUUAUCAGCCUAUUUUAGAAAAGACUGUUGCUUGGCUAAAUUUCCCGAAGCUAGUUUAUAGGUUUCUUGACAUGGAAAAGAACAAUGCUUGUGUUCGAGUGAACCAUCCAAAUAGUGGCUUUGGGUUUCUGUUCUAUGGUGGAGAAGCCGAUUCAGCUGAAGAGUCUCGUGAGAGAGCAACACAGAAUGCUGUACAGAGACUGUUUUUAAGGUUUAAAAUUCGGGUUGCUGAUUUCACUUAUGACAGAGUUAAAAUGUAUCAGUUGUGUGAGCAACUGUUUAAGCACAAGUGCGCUGAAAUAGUACAAAAAAAAAAGAGGAAUGACUACUUGGAUGAUGGUGACCUUUCCACACACUAAUAUUGGAAUGGAGUGUAUUUUUAAUGAGCCGUGCCCUGAGCCAACCGUUAUGCAGCAGAGUGGCAAGGAAAGCAGUCUUUUACAUAUCCCACCAAUACAAUCUAGAGAUCAUUGAUGCUAAUUAUGGUGCUGAAGUUAAAAAAAAGUGGAGAGUGUUUUGUCAUGAGGGAAAAAUAUUUAGUUUUAAAAGAACACCUUGAUUGUUUAGCACGGUAAUCAAAACAUCCUGAAGUUGCGAACUUUGGUGUUAAUAGUCAGUGUGUCACUCCAACAACUAAAGAGAACACUAUUCCUAUUCAUGGUGCUCCUCCUGCUUACCCAGUCAAGUGUAGAGCUGACCUGGGUCCAUGUUGCCUAACAACUCUCAAGAUAGGAAGCUCGAAGCGUUCCAUGAUUUACCUGCCAGAAUUAGUGACUGCUUUUAAGUGAUCUAAGCCUACUAAGUCAUGGUUUGGAUAUAUUAGUUCACUGGUGUAAUCUAUGGGGUUAGCUUGUUGGCCUGCUUUUGUUUAGUUCAUCUUUCAGAUUUAGCCUAUGCUUAAGUAUACAGGCCUUCAAUGUUUCAUGUAAUGUCGUUUUGUAGUUAGCUUUUCUGUUUAGUGAGUAGCCUUGACUAUAUUUUUAACCUUA